CCCCUGUCCUCUGCCCAGCCAGCAGUGACCCUUGUCCUCUGCCCUGCCAGCAGUGACCCUGUCUUCUGCCCUGCCAGCAGUGACCCUGUCUUCUGCCCUGCCAGCAGUGACCCUGUCUUCUGCCUGCCAGCAGUGACCCCUGUCCUCUGCCCUGCCAGCACAGUGACCCUUGUCCUCUGCCCUGCCAGCAGUGAUCCUGUCUUCUGCCCUGCCAGCAGUGACUCCCUGUCCUCUGCCCUGCCAGCAGUGACCCCUGUCUUCUGCUCU